AUGUUAUGUGUCUGGAGAAAAGGGACUGUGGGCGAAAGAUGGAGAGACAUCCCGAGGAACAGUGUAACCCUGGGAGAGCUGGUGGUUCGUGAAGCUCCCCAGCCUUGGACUCACUCGGGCUCUGGCCUACCUAGCUGAGGCUACUGAGGGGCGGGUGACUAUGAAAGGCUUAUAUUUUCAACAGAGUUCCACAAAUGGAGAAAUAACAUUUGUAUUUCAAGAAAAGGAAAAUCUUCCUAUUACAGAGGAUAACUUUGUGAAACUCCAAGUUAAAGCUUGUGCUUUGAGCCAAAUAAAUACAAAGCUUCUGGCGGAAAUGAAGAUGGAAAAGGAUUUCUUUCCUGUUGGAAGAGAAGUUGCUGGAAUUGUUUUGGAUGUUGGAACCAAGGUAUCAUUCUUUCAACCAGAUGAUGAAGUAGUUGGAAUUUUGCCCCUGGAUUCUGAAGACCCUGGACUUUGUGAAGUGAUUAGAGUACAUGAACAUUACUUGGUCCAUAAACCAGAAAAGGUUACAUGGACAGAAGCUGCUGGAGCUAUUCGGGAUGGAGUGCGAGCUUAUACAGCCCUGCAUUAUCUUUCUCAUCUCUCUCCUGGAAAAUCUGUGCUGAUAAUGGAUGGAGCAAGUGCAUUUGGCACAAUAGCCAUUCAGUUAGCACACCACAGAGGAGCCAAAGUGAUUUCAACAGCAUACAGCCUAGAAGACAAGCAGUGCCUUGAAAGACUUAGGUCUUCUAUAGCCCGAGUGAUUGAUGUAUCGAAUGGGAAGGUUGAUGUUGCUGAAAGCUGUUUGGAAGAAACAGGAGGCCUGGGAGUAGAUAUUGUUCUAGAUGCUGGAGUGAGAUUAUAUAGUAAAGAUGAUGAACCAGCUAUAAAAUCACAACUACUACCACAUAAACAUGAUAUCAUCACGCUUCUUGGUGUUGGAGGCCAUUGGAUAACAAGAGAAGAAAGCCUUCAGUUGGAUCCUCCAGAUAGCCAUUGCCUUUUCCUCAAGGGAGCAACGGUGGCUUUCCUUAAUGAUGAAAUUUGGAAUUUGUCAAAUGUACAACAGGGAAAAUAUCUUUGCAUUUUAAAAGAUGUGAUGGAGAAGUUAUCAGCUGGUGUUUUUAGACCUCAGUUGGAUGAACCUAUUCCACUGUACGAGGCAAAAGUUUCCAUGGAAGUUGUUCAAAAAAAUCAAGGAAGAAAAAAGCAAGUUGUUCAAUUUUAAUCUUCUUCUUUCUCAGACCUCAGCUGGAUGAACCAUCACAGUAUUUGAAGCCAGAGUUUUCCUUGGAAAUUGGGAUAAAUCAAGGAAGAUAUAAGCAAGUUGUUCAGUGUUUAAGCAUGUUUUCUGGUUCACAAGAUGUUUGGUUAUUUGACAUAUUUGAAAAAUAUUUUCCAAUUUAUUGUGCAGGUGAUCCAAGAUAAUUCUAUAACAUUUGAAGGGGGUACUCUGGAAGCCAUUUUUAGUUUUUUUUUUUUUUUUUUUCCCACACAUUUUCCUCUCCUAUAAAAUUCUUCUAAUGGGAAAAACUUCUGCUUUCAGCAAAAUCCACACCAUUCUACUGAGUCUGUUACAGGCCUUGUUAUACUGUGAAAGUAAUGCUAUUAAUUAUGUAUUAAUUCCAUUUUAAACAACUUAACAAGCCUUUCUGUGCUGUCAAAAUUCAAGUUUUUCAAUAUAUUUUCAGGUCUCAAAAGUAUCUAACUCA